UCAGCGAAGGACGUGGCGAAGCAGAACAAUAUUUUGUCCCCGAAUUUGUGGAAACUAACUAAUCUUAAUGGGGGAGUUCGGUGUUGGAUUGCAAUCUCUUUCGCCAGUGGAUUUUAAUCGGUUUGUGAAUAACCAGUCGUUAUUUUCUCCAGAAAAUUCACCCCGUACGAUGCAAGAUGAGGUCUCUGUCGAAAAGUCGGCUGCUAAACAGCAACUUUCACCUUCAGCGAACCAUAUUUUUGAUCAAAACUGUGAAUCUACUGGUUUAAAUGAACAUUUAAUUGUUAAGUCCUCACAAAAUGAAGGUAAAUCUGUUGAAAAUAACAUUUUGUCUUCAUCCUCACACUCACACUAUGAAACAAAUUCACAGCUGAUAACAUCCUUGGCAAACGCCAGCCAAGGAUUAUGGACGCCCCCACAGGGUGUUCCUGAAGACACAUAUGGGCAGGGUACAUUUCAGAAUGUGAAUGGCACUGUGAAUUUUCAACAUAUCCCUGCUACUGCUUUGAUUAAUUCCAGUAACUUAAUGCAAAGUCACGUCUCCAUUCCUACUCAAAGCCUAAGUCAAAGACGGGCAAUAACUGGACAGCACAAUUUUCCUCAACGACCAUUACAGCAAGGACUUGUGUUUAAUAAUGCCAAAAAUUAUCAACAGUGGAGUAAUGCACCAAGUCACACUACAUUGUCACCAUGGGCACAAGCACAGCUGCAACAGCAGCAGAGAAGAUCUGUGCCUAACAUGAACAUUCCAAAUUUCGCACAGAUGAAAAAUAUGAAGGGAUUUCCUCACACUCAGCAGUCGUUAUCUGUUAUUGCCCCGUCCAAGUUCAGAAGAAGUACCUCAUUUCCGAGCCAGAUUCAACAGGCAGGCUAUACGAAACCCCAGAUGGACUUUGUUGGUCUUGAUGAGAUUCAGAGGGAUAGCAUGUUGUCAUAUCCUGAUCGGCAUAGUUCAUGUGACACCAUGAAAUUUACCAACUUUGAAAGUCAGCUGAUGGAGAUUAUGAGAACAACUGGUAUGGACCAAGCUGAUCAAAUUAAAGCCGGCAAAGUUCCUCACCUUCUGUUUGGAGAGGAUGGGGCUGGGCUUGUGGAGGAUGGUGCCCUUGACCAGACGGUGCCCAGCCUCGGUUCUCCUGCCAACACCUCCCCUGGUAACGAACGCGUAGAGAGGUUCUCAAGGAAAGUCUUUGUCGGAGGUCUGCCUCCUGACAUUGAUGAAGAGGAGAUAACACUUGCGUUCCGGCGGUUUGGCCCUGUGGUAGUGGACUGGCCCCAUAAAGCAGAGAGCAAAUCUUACUUCCCUCCCAAAGGUUACUCCUUUCUGCUGUUUCAAGAAGAGAUAUCUGUGCAAAAUCUGAUAGAAGCCUGCAUUGUGGAUGAAGACAAACUGUACUGGUGUGUGUCCAGCCCAACCAUGAAAAACAAACCAGUACAGAUCCGUCCCUGGAAUCUCAGCGACUCAGACUUUGUGAUGGAUGGGUCUCAGCCCCUUGAUCCAAGAAAAACCAUCUUUGUUGGUGGUGUGCCACGCCCACUCAGAGCAGUUGAGCUGGCUAUGAUAAUGGACCGUCUGUACGGAGGUGUCUGCUAUGCAGGCAUUGACACAGACCCAGAACUCAAGUACCCGAAGGGAGCCGGGCGUGUGGCCUUCUCCAAUCAGCAGAGCUACAUUGCGGCAAUCAGUGCAAGAUUUGUGCAGCUACAACAUGGAGAUAUUGAUAAAAGGGUGGAGGUUAAGCCGUAUGUGCUGGAUGAUCAGAUGUGUGACGAGUGUCAGGGGGCGCGGUGCGGGGGGAAGUUUGCCCCAUUCUUCUGCGCCAACGUGACCUGCCUCCAAUACUACUGUGAGCACUGCUGGGCACAGAUUCACUCCCGACCCGGCCGAGAGUUCCAUAAGCCUCUUGUGAAAGAGGGUGCCGACCGGCCUCGCGCUGUACCCUUCCGCUGGUGCUAGCCUGUUAGUGUUGGGGAAAAAGUGGAAUAUCAAGAAUUUAUCGAUAAUGGCCCUUUGUUUAAAGGUGCAGAGUUAUAGAUGAUUAUGAUUCGUGCAUUGUUACAGAUAGUUGUUGGAGAGUUAUAUUUGAGCACUAUUUACCAAAACUGUAUAAUAGAAAACAUCUAGUAAAUGAAAUAUGAUGUACAUGGUAUAAAUUUUGUUUACUGCUACUGUGGUUAAAAUCAGAAUGCAAAAUGCUAUCAUAUCUAGAACCUUGUCAGUAAUUAAGGUUAAGUUUAACGCUUUCACAUGAUGAUUGAUAAAAAAUGAAUUUUCUACAAUAGUGAUGAUGGUGUUGGUUUCUUUUAAUAUUAUUAUUAUUAUUAUUAUUAUUAUUAUUAUUGACAUGGUAAUGUUAUGAUUAUUUUUUGGGGAUUUCAUUUAUGUAUUAUGACAGUUUAAAUAUAUUUUUUUAUAUUUCUUUUCUUUAUUCCUUUAAUUGUAUGAUUUGUGACUGAAAUGAUUGAGAAGAAUGUGAUUUUGGGCCUUUUGGGAGCCAAAACAAUAACCACCAAUAAGUGAUAGUCUCAGAAAUCCCUUUUGUACAACAGAUGAUUUUUUAUGGUGAAUGAGUGCAUUUUUCACUUUUAUAUUUGAAAGCAAUAAUCACAAAAAAUGAAGAAAAAAAUUAUAGCAUGAUAAAUCAUGUUUUUUUUUGUGUAAUCAGCUUCCAAUAGAUGUUGAAGUGAUUUUUUAAGCGUAAAAAUAUUUAUUUUUGUACAAUGUGAGCAUAUUUGGCCGUUUUGAAGACAAAUUUUGUAUUGUAGUAGUAGGAUCAAUCAUUGUAUGGCCCAGUGGUAUUGUUUUGUAUCAGUUUUAUCUUGUACAUUCCAUUUUGUGAAACUAGUCAUCCCACGUAACGUGUGUUCCACUCCUGCCAUUAUGAUUCGUCACAUUUUACAGUAACAGUCUUCUUUCAGUAUUUUAAACGUUAAACUUCAGUUGGGGACAUUGUAUUGUCUUAAUGUCAUAUAUGCACAAUAAAAUACGACUCUUUUGUAUUAUUUUAGUUUGUUUAUUUUUAUGAAGUUUUUCUUAGAUUUUACUCAAUUUCUUGCCAUGUUUGAUUUUAGUCGUUUUAUUUGCCUUCAGUUAUUAUUGUAUUAUUUUUAACAUGUUUUUGAUAGACUGUUUGUAUUUAUUUUCUUUUGAUAUGCACCUAUGUUAUAGGGCUUUUGUGUAGAUGUUUUGGUUGUUUCUUUUGAAGUUUAAGUAUAAUUAUUUAUAUCAUAAAAAUGUGCUGUCGUUUGUUGAGACAUUUUUAGCUGCAUUGAUUUUUUUUAUUUUUGUGGGUUUUGUUUGAUUCUGCGGUCAUGUUUGCUAAUGCAGUCUGUGACAUUACUUAUUUGUGGAGAUUGUCACAUCGGGCAGGUCACCAGAAAUUUUUACUUGCUCUCACUACAUGCCUUUAUGGCAGGCAAAUUACAGAAAUAAUUUAUUUAGUUUAGUGAACAUAAUUUUUGGAAAAAAAGUAAUAUACUCUGUGGGGGUAUUUUAUACACAUGUAUAAUAUAUAUUUCUAAUCAACAUUACAUAAUAAGUUAAUUACCAUAUAAACAAUUACCAUUCUUUGAUUAGUUAAAACAUUAUCUGAUCUCUUUUUACCCGAAUCCGAAAUCUGAUUCGCUUAUGAAAGGUGUCAGGCAAGUGGUUUAGGUCGCAGUCUGUUGACAAUUGUUAUAAUUAUCAAUGAAUUAUGUACCUAAUUUGGUACGUUAAAAGUCUCGCCAUCGAAUGCUUAGUUACCUACUCUAUUCUUCUUUAUCAAUUUGAAUUCUUAGCAUGUCUCAUGUAAUUGUGUGCUACUAAUAGAACAUUUUACUUGUCUUAUUAUUUUUCUUAAGUGUAUAAUGAACUUAUGAUAUAGGCUCUUGGUUUUUAAAAUUAACAUUAUCCGAUGAUUUUUUUUAAAAGAAUUGUAUUGAUUGUGUAAGAAAUUAAUUAUGGAAUUGCAUGAUAGCGAUAAUGUAAGAAAAUAUGUAAAUAUUAAGCAUUAAAUUGUCAUCAUGCAGGGGCACCCUGAGAAAGAUUUUUAUAUAUGUUUAACCGUUCGAGAUAUUUUCUAGUCACAUAAUAACCUUGGGCAAACAAAUCUACACAGUCUUGUAUGUAUGAUAUAUUAUUUUGUUUAACAAAGAAUGUAUUUUAGAGGGCGGUUGUAAUUUGCAUCAUUUCAUAUAUAUAUAUAUAUAUAUGGAAAUAUAACGUAUAUUGCAUUUUACUUAAAUAUAUCAAAGCAUCAAGUUGUACACAUUACAUGAGACAUGCAUUUGUAAUUGAGGGUUAAUGAUUUUAAUACAUUAAAAUUAAUACAUUGUUUUUGCUAUAUUCAUCUUGUAAAUUUAGGAGUAGAUCAUAAUAUGUUGAGAGAUUAACAUUUGAGUGAAGGAAAUCGCCUCAAAAUCGUGAAUAGCGAGUCGUGCGAUGAGAGGAGGCCAUCUUAUCUACGAUUGACAAGAAAAUUCAAGAUCAAGAAUUUCUGAUAAAUAUUAAACGAGUCAUAAACCAAAGAACAUUUUAUUUGAAAAAUCCAACAGACUGUCAGAGGCGAUAACAGACUUAACCUAAACUGACCAAUCAAAGUUUAAAAAUAAUCAAAACAUAGUAAUUUCUCAGAAAUAUUAAUUUGAAAAAGUGAUCGUACGAUUCAUGCUUUGAUAAAAUGGCCGCUGUGUUCUUUGGGAUAUCAUGGCUGCUGAAUCAUUGGGGUUUUAUUUUUGGUUUUAUUUUUGUUCAGCUUAUUUUGCUUGUUGUAGAGGUUAUUGUUUAGAAAAGGCAUUCAAUGACAACUGCCUUUGUGAUAAUGGUUAGUUUCAGAUAUAAUAUCGGAUAAUUUGGCAGGAAAGCUAAGCUCUAUUUGGUAAAAUUUGGUUACAACGCGUCUUGGAUGUUUAUAUAAUACUUUGAAAAACAUAUUAAAGUAUUUAUUUUAAACAAUUUUUGAUGGUGAAACUCUAUUAGUAUGCAUUUUCCACAAUAAAUGUAUACAGAAGUAUAAUAUUGUAUAAAGGCUCAAGCUUGAAGAACUAAUGUCUCCACAAAAUAUGUAUUUCAUAUAUAAUAUAACUUUCAUAUACAAAAUCAAGAUUAUGUGAAGUGCAAUGUUGUUGUGUUUUUUGGGUUUUAGUAUACUUGGAGUUCUAGUUUGUUUUAGAUUUUAUUAUUCUAGAUUCUUUAGACAUCGUUGCUCAAAGGGAAACGUACGUACUUUAGAUAUUCGCUUCAGGUUUUUGUACUUAGCGUGUAGAUAGCUUCACAUUUGUUGUUGGAUUUUUAUAGUGUGAGCAACAUAGUUUUGGUAGAAUUCAAUCAAUUAGUUUAAUGAGCCAGUGCAAUUUUGUUUUACAUAGAAUACUUGUAUGGUUUCUAGUCAGGAUUUUGCCAUAGAAAAAGCUUAUUUUAUUUAUUUUCAGUCAAAACAUCUAGUCAUAUAUGGUUGUAAAGGAGUAAUGCUUAAUUAUCAAUUAUUGUAAAUUGCAUAUUUGUUGAAAAUAUGCACACACGUAGUGUGUAAAAGAAUAAUUGGUCGAUUGCAGUAGACUCUUAAAUGAUUUCACAAACAAAUAGUACAAAUGUUUGCGAAGGUGUUGGUGUCCAUUUGCAUAUUGGAGUGUAUUUAGAGGGGUUUUAUGCUAGACUCAGUAAAAAAAAUAACAAAGUUGUUUUGAAAGUUUGCAAAGUUUUCAUAUAACUUCAUCAUAUAGAGGAUUUGAUAACAUUUGGUACCAUGAAGUGAUGGUGGAAGUGCUAGAGCAUUGUUUUUGUAUUACUGGGGUUGGAAUUUAGGAGUCAGGUUGUUUAAUACCUAUAUUGUUAUUGUAGCAUAGUCUGUUGCCUAUUUAUUAAAAUUUGUUGUUAAUAUUAUUCACCCUUUUCUUGUUAUUUUUAACUGCACUAGUGAUUCUUAUUUAACAAUACAUAUUUCAUUGUUUGAAUACUUUUAGUUAAUGUUAGUGUUUUCUUGUUCAUUUCUUAUUUUAAUAUAUAUAUUUAUAAAAAAAGUACAAAAAUAUGAGCUUUUUAUAUUCCAAUGUUGUUCUAUUUUGCCAAACUGGUAAUAUUGUAUAAUAUUGUGUCUGUUGUACAUUUGCAGAUAAAUUAUGUAAAUCUUUGUAGGUUGUGGAUAUUCCCUGUAACAUAUGGAGGUGAUUAAAAAAACAGUUUUAUUGAAAUACAUUAUACUUGUCAUGUAGAUUUUUUAUGCUUAAAUUAGCAAGGUUAAUGAAAUAAGAAGUGUCAUGCUUGAACAGCGGUACUUUAUGCACAAUUUUAAUUUCAUCCCAUUAAUUACUGUUGAGUUUUUUGUUGAGAUAAGCAGCAUAAUGAAAUGAAAAUCCAUGUGACAUAAUUUAAAUUAUAAACUGGUUAUACAUGAAAAAAUAAUAAUUUUCUUCAUCGCUCAUUUGACAAGCACACAUUAUGUCCCUGAAAUUCAUUCCAUAUAAGUUUAGAAGUUAUUUUUGUACACAUUCAAUUUAGGCCCUUGGUGUUCACUAGUUCAGCUAGAUUUACCCCAUAAUUCUUCAUUUUAUCCCAUCCUUCAUUAAAAAAAAUGAAAUGCUUUUCUCUAAGUUACUACAUAUAUAGCAGGUUGUAAGUGGUUACUUCUGAAAUUAUGAUAAUAUGUACAUUUGCUUGUAAACUGGUAUUCUAGGAUAUGUUAUCCUAAAUUACUUUUAAUAAAUGAAAUGGUACAAACCCACUAACUGCCAUACAGUCUUUAACAUCUUCCAAAGGUAAUAUUAUACUUGUAAAUAUUUAGGCAUACACUGAAAAAAAAAUUCAACACACUUUACUGGUAUUUUGCUGAUAAGAAUUUUAAAGAUAGCAUGAAACCAUAAGUUCAUAUUAUGGUUAUAAAGUUUGUAAAAAUGGCAUAAAGCUGCACUCUCACAAAUUGACCAUUUUGACAACUUUUUUUUUUUGUCUUGGAAUGAGUCCAAUUUUGAGAAAAUGUCUGGAAACCGGUGAUAUAAGACUGAUGAUAUAAAUAUCAGUUCACAGUUUUUAAAACUUUUGCUCGAAAAUUGAUGUUUUAUGGCUAAAAAAGCGUAAGAAAAAUGAAAAAAUCGGCAGUUUUUCCAAAUAAUUGUGAUCUGUUCUAAUGCACGUUAUCCUAUAUGACUGAUGCCAAUAUCAGCUGAUUCUCAAACAACAAAUGAAAAAGUUGUCAAAUCGACCAAUCUGUGAUGGUGCUGCUUUAAAGCUAAAGUUUUAGAACCAUAAUUAUGAACCUUUGUGUUCUCAUGGCUUUUUAUGGACAUGAGACACUAGGUUAUGUAGGCAAGGUUAUGUAGGCAAAGACAGAAGGGAAAAUAGCCUCUGACAUUCUGUGACAUUUUUAAAAAUGUCUGGUAUUUGACUCAUUUGAAAGCUUUCAUUUUUCAUGCACAAAUUUUUAAGAGCUGCAGCUUUUUUUUUGAAAAUGUGUGGGUUAUUUUCAUACUAUCUAGUCGGUCAGUGUUGUGAAUUACAUAUAUAAUAUUUAUAUAGAAAGUGGGUUGUAUACAGUGUUGUGAAAUGUUGUUGUGUUUUUAUUACUUAGAAUUUGGGACAAAUUUGUUAAUUUCAAUGUUGGUCUUUUUUAUUCACAAAUCAAACAUGUUUCAUAAUUUUAUCCUCUACUGUAAUUGAAUAGUGUCACAAGAUUGUCAAACAGCAGGCCCCAAUAUUACAAAAAUACUUCAGUCAGAUCUCAAUCUCAAUCUCAAAUCAUUUUACCAUAUAAAACCAUUGUAUGAUCCAAAUUCUUGCGGGUAAAACGAUUUUGUCAAUAUUUGAAAAAAAAAACAACACUAACUCUAGAGCAUAUCUUAUACUUGAGUAAUUGUUUAAAAACAAAGAAUUGUACACAAAUACAGUUUUGGCUGUAAAUUAUUCAUCCAUUAGAAUCUUUACUAAUGGCUUUAACGGACAUGUUCUAUGAUAGAAUGCUCAUUUACAAGGUUUAAAACAUACAUGAUUGAUAAUAACUUUUAAUGCUAUGUGGUAAAAUAAGUUGAGACUGAGAAUGAGAUUUGAAUUGAGUAUUUUCGUGAUAGUGAGGCCAGAAAUAACAUGCACAUAAAUCGGUUUAGCUGGUGUAAUUAUGCGUAAUGAAAUUGAACAAAUUACACAUUGUACAUUUGACAAUCUGGUGAUCGUUGUUUUGUUGAGAACCCUACCUCAGAGAUCUUAAAUUAUAAUGAAAUGAGAAUAUAAUUAAAUGCAUUACUGUAGAUGGUUUGAACUGCGAGUUUAAUUUAUACUCCUGAUGUUUCUCGAAUCAAUUUGGUGUUCCGUAAUAGGAAUCCCUGAAUCCUUCGAUAUUUUUUUGUGGGUCCCAAUAUAACGGGUAAUAAACAAGCAUAUUUAUCCCAGGGAUGCACAGUAACUUGAAAAUGGUAGUCCCUAGCCCCCAUAUUUUGUUUGGGAAUUCCUUUUGUGAAUUUGACUGCUAGCAAAAUAUCAAUUUACCCUUGUUUGCAGAAGAUAAAAUAUUAGCUUCUCAAUUGAAAACCUUGCAAACAAUGUCAGGACCAUAAUGUCAUGAAAAAAGGACCUGUGGAAUUUAUAAAAACUUUAAGUAAUUUCGGCACUAUUAAAUUGAUAUCUGUAGAAUAUGAGCAGAGUUAUUAACAAAUGCAUCUGUUCCAAAUCAUAAAUUUAAAAUUGUCUGCUUCUGCCUGUAUAUUUUUGACAUUUUCAUUUAAAUUUUAUCAGCUUAUUAAAGGAAUGUGUUGGAAAUAUUUAUGCCUGGAGAAACUAAUUUUGUGUACUGCUUAACAAAAGGUCAUUCAAAGCAAUAAAUAUAAAAAAGAAAUAAAUUCUUGUAAAAGUCAGACAUUAAGUAUCAAUGAAACAGCUGUUCUUAAUCUUUGCGCUUAGUAAAAUUUGGUGCACAGAAAUGAUUUGCUCAGUUAUACUACAGUUACCCGCCUUUACAAAUAGUUCAAGUAGCACCCAGCAAACUUAUGUUUUCUUCAUAUAAACUAGGUCCGAGAACAUGCUUGCAAAUUCAUGUCUGAUAGUUACUAUAUAUCUCCUCAUUUAAUUUUAAGAAAAAAACGUUCAAAGUAAUCAAAACAGAAAUUCUUCGAUAGAUAUUCAAAUGAAACUUGGUACACAUGUUGCCUGACGCAGAUGAUCCUAAAAUCAGGAUUUAGAGCUUUUAACUUCAGAUUAUUAUACAGUUAAAAAGAUUGUUUAAUGCUUGGACUUUGCAUCAAAAACAGUAUCAAAAACCUUGGAAUGAAUAUAAAUGACCUCCAAAAUAAUUUCAAAAGGGAUCUUGGUUCCUUAACUCUGGUUUGGGCAUGAAUACCUCAUGAUAUUUUAGAACAUUCAACAUGUAUAGCAAGUUCCAUAACACUGUCUUUAUUAAUUAACCUAGAAAUGCGCCUUGUUUGACUGAAUUUCUUUCUAGAGGAGAUUUGUUAUUCUCGCAAUGGCUCUCUUGUUGAUGUUUUUUUCUGGGAGACAAUCCAGUCGGUUUAAAAAAAGCUUUAUAUUUCUCGCAUUCACAUUCAUCCCAGCUUUGUGUCCCAGUAGUAUUUGUUUUUCUUCAUCUGUGAAGCACAAUUCAGCUUGAAAAGUAAUGAUGAAUCUUGAAUUUGUAUUUUCAUAUUUUUCUACAGAAGACAUGAUUUUAUUUUAAUAAUUAUUUUUAUAGAUUUUUGGUACGGUGUUGAUGUUUUUGUAAAGAAAAAUAAAUAUUGUGUUUGUGUUAGUGAACCUUUCAGUAGUCAAAGUUGCUCUUCUAGCUCUAUCAAAGACCUUUACAGCAUUUUUUUAUGUUCUUUGUAUUAAAAUAAAGCAGAAAUGUUAAUAUCGUCUUAGCUCACAAAGCAUUGCUAAAUAAUGUGAUUAUACGUAACCUUUCUCAAAUGCUACUUGAUCUCUUAUUUAUUUGUGACUUAAUGUAAAAGUAAGCUUUAAAAAAUAUGUUUUGCAGUUGAAAUGAAUUGGAAAAUGUUGAAAUGAAUUUAGGGAUUUAAGGGAAAAAAUUGAUUACAUGUCUAGAUAAUAUCUUUAAAAAUGUUUUGUUGAUGAAAUGAUUCAUCGACACUUUAAAACUGGUUAAUGUUUAUUAAAACUGUCAUAAGAUGAUAGAUUAACAAACAUGUUUUUUCUUUAAGCACCUUUGAUAUUACAAACCACUGUUAUAAUGUUUUAAGACACAUCUACAAGAUAUUUCUUGUUGAAAGUUUUCACCAUUUUUAAGCAUUAUAAUUAUGUAUCCAAUUCUUCAGUAAAGUUUUGU